CCACGCGUAGGAUGAACACAUCCUCACAGAAGUCUUCAGGAAAUAAAACAUCCUAAAUCGGAGAUGAGGAAGACAUUUCAAUGAACUUCGAAAACUUAGAAGUAACAAAAACCUUUCAUUUGUGCCAACACGUUCAUUUACGGUCCAAUGACAACAUAAUUGUGCUUGGUUCAGAUUUAACCCUGUCAGACUCAUGGCAGCAUGUUUGACAAUUUCCUUCAUCGAAUUGACAAAGAACUUGGACCUCUUUAUCCUGACUGGUUUGAGGAGUUGACUGCAAAAGUUUCCAGAGAUGAAGGACGUCCUGACAUUUCAAAAGUUGAGGAGGAGGAGGCGGCUGUCAAAGUACCAGAGACAUCAGCCCUGGCCAGUCAGCUGUUUUCUACACCCAAAAUAUUUAAGCAACAACGCUUUCAGUCCCCUGCCUCCAUUCCUAAUGAAGAGUCCCCUUGUGAAGUGGCGAAUGGAGACUUGUCAGCUUUUCCCUGGACAGAAUCAAGCCCUUGUUUGUUUGAUUCAGCCAAAGACAGUCAAAGGUUUGACAGAUCCUGUGAAAAAACUAGAGAUUGCUUUGGCAUUCUGGAUACACCAAAAAGGACUUUGGCACGUUCGGCAAAACAGAUAUCGGAGAGUCUUGGGGCACAAAUCAACCCUGACCUGUCCUGGACCAGCUCCUUUAACACACCGUCAUCUUUGACUCCCACUGUGAUAUUACCCAAAACGGAGGACCGCGCUCCAUCAUCAAGUGGCCUCAAAGACAAGGAAGCAAUUUUUGUGCGGAAACUAUUUCCAUCUCUCUCGAAAGACUCUGCAAGCAAUGCAACAUUGAGUGAUGCAGCACUAAAACAAAAUGUCAAAAGUGAGACACUUCAGGCUGAUGACCUGGUAGAAAAGUCUGUUUGCUCUCCAAAUACAUCUUUCGAUACAAGUGGACUAUGGAAGCAGAAGGUUCCCAGCGCUAUAGAGGAUGGGGAUGUUCGCAGCACAGUGCAGAAUGUUCUUGAUGGUGCUGAGGACGUGUUGUCAAUAUUCUUCAGCAACAGCACUUCAACUCUGCGAAAAAUCAAAACCAAAGAGAGGAUCAGAAAGAGAAUAACAGAUUGCUCAAAGGAUGUCAGAUCAGUUGUUCUCACUUCAGAGCCAGAAGAGAUAUUACAGGAUGACGUAGAAACAAAAAGCCCAAGCAAAAAUAAAGACAUCAUUCAGUGGACCCCACUAAGUUUAUCAGAAUCCAUUCUCAACGAUUGUUCAGACGCAUCUUUGAUAAACAGUCACAACAUUGAAGCAUCCAGUGAAACUAAUGGCGGUACUGUUUUCAACUGCAUUGCAGAAAGUAGCCAAACAUUUUCACAGAGUGUAAAACUUCUUAUCCCUGGAUCUUAUCCAGAAGGAGCUGAGUGUCAGAAGACUUUGUUAGAGAAAUCAUCUGCUUUCAUGCCUACUAGAAAGACUAGAAAGUUUGUGUAUCAAGUGCCAAGUUCAGAUCUGUCAAAGACAGUAAUUGGACACAAAGAAACUCAGCCAGUAUGUUUGGACCAAACGCUCAAAGAAGAUCCCUCAAUAGAAGAAGUGUGUAGUGACCUUACUGAGUCCAGAAUCACCAAUGAAAAUGCUGUCAAUAAUCAUCCACAGCCACAAGAUGUCAAAGAGUUAUCUAUAGAACCCCAUGAUCUUGACCAUGGACUGGAUAUGACGCAGCUUUCCAAAGCAUUUGCGGAGGAUUUCACACAAGAAAAGAUGCUAGGAGCACUGCCUGUACAGAGUGAUCAAAAUAUCCAAGUGCAAUAUAAAGCAGAACUUGAGGAGAAGAAUGAAGAUGUUAGUCACAAUGACGUCUCUAAUUUAGCAGACGUGACUGUGGACUCUUCAAACAAGUCUACAGUCAUGCUUAAAACUUCUGAAAUCAGUCACGACAGUGGUUGCCCCACCACCUUUCCAGAUUUGGAUGGUAUGACAGCCUCUUGCACAGACAUCAAAGAGCUUUUUCCUUCUUUUAAAACGGCAAACAAUAAGUCCAUUUCCAUAUCAAAUGAGGCUAUAAUGAAGGCCAGAGCAUCGUUAGAUGAAGUUGCAGGGGAUGUUUUGAUCAGCACCUUAAAUGGAACUAGUCCAAAAGAUUAUCAGACAAUAGAAACAUUGUGCAAAUCCAUUUCAGGAAGCACUAAUGCAAACAGACCACCCUUGGGACAGUCCAGCUUUCCUACCCAUGCAUCAAGAGUGCGUGUUAGUGAUGCUCCGAAGAGUGACAGUCCAAAGAGCUUUAAAAUUAAUAUUUCAAGUUGCUCUUCACCACAGUCAAAUGAAUCUGAUUAUAAAACUGGUUCAAAGAGGAACAUUACAGUUUCAGAUGUUGGCUUUAAAACAGAGACUCUUUUGAAAGAGAAAGUGGGGAGAGGUUCAGAUUCAUCAAAGUGCAUUCAUCAAAAACUGGAUUUCAAAAGUAGUGCUGAAAGACAGACUGUGUUCGAAAAACCCACCGCAGUGGACUCCAGCCGUGACGAUGAUGAGAAGAAUGGCACUUUGACAGCAUCUCAAAAGGCUGAUGUUACAGAAUUGUGCAAUCUUUUAGAGGAAGCAAAUAGUCAACAUGAAUUUACACAGUUCAAACCGACAAAUCCUGGCUUAGACAACCACACUACAGAAAAAGAGUGGGAUCCAGAUAUACUCAAUGGCAUCGACUUUGACGAUAGUUUUAACUGCGAUGGUGUGAAAGGAAAGCAUCCCAUCAAGAUGGAUGCUUCUUCAGUAAACAGUUCUGAUCAUAUUCAAAUUGCUGACAAAUUAACGUGUACCAUGUCAAAGGAAACACAAAAUGGCACUGUGCCUUUGUCAGUGGCUGAGGACAGGCAGAAGAGUGCUCCAAUCCAUUGUUUUGGUUUUAAAACUGCUAAAGGGGAAGCUAUAAGCAUCUCAGAAAAGAGUUUAAACGAUGCGAGGCACUUUUUUGAAGAGGAUGAUCAAAAAGCCAUAUAUAAUAAAGACGUCAAGAUUGGCAUAAUAAAACCAGACUGUGCGGAAAUAGUGCCUUCAGUCAAUACUUCUGACAGUACGAACACAGAAAAUAAAACCUAUGUUCAAACUGCAAAUGAUGGAAAUUUCAGCUGUGGAGAUGUAAAUGCAGCUUGUAAAGAGAUAAAUAAGCAGCUGGCAGGAAAUGAAGGAAUGGAGCAGAAUUGUUUAGGUGGAAAAACAGAUGUUGUUUGUGUUGACUCCAAUAGUCAUUUUGGAUUUAGUACAGCUAGGGGAGCAAAGCUGAAAGUGUCUGAAAAGGCUCUUCUGCAAGCAAGAAGACUUCUUAAUGAUGUUGACAGCGUGGAGUCGCAAACUCACAAACCCGCUCUCCAUGAAUCUGGAAAACUUGAUGCCUCUAUGUCAACAAAAACAAAAGCUGUUUCUAGGAGUAAAACCUCCAUGAAAAUAAGUCAACCACACUUAGUAACUGAAAUAUCUGAUAGUGUGGAUAAUCCUUCCUUCAGCAGUGAGAAGGUCUUCCAAGAAUGGAAAUCUAGCAAUGAUUCCAAGGAAGUUUUUGCAAAGAUUUGUCCCUCAGAAACUUUUUUGCCUCAGUCAGAGGAAAGCUAUGGCUUUCAGACUGCCAGUGGGAAAGGAGUUUCCAUUUCUGCCAGUGCCCUUAAGAAGGCAAAGAACAUAUUUAAAGACUGUGAUGAAAAUAUUGACUUGGAAUCUGUGAAAAUGGAGGGAAAGAAUGAGAAACUGGAUGUUAAAAGUGCAUUUACUCCAAAUUCUAAAAGUGUGACAUUUUCAAAUAUGUCUCUCAUUGAGGCCAACACUGUUUUUAGAGACUCUGACCUGACUAAUGCCUUCUCACUGCAGCCUUCUUCAGUCCAGCAACCUCCUCAGGAAGAACUAUUUAAGGAGAAAAGCCUUCAAAGUGAAUUUAAGCAUCCUUCUGAGUUGCUUCCUCCUAAUGGCAACUGUGGUUUCAGUACUGCCAGUGGUAAGAAGGUGUCCGUCUCAGCUGGAGCACUGCAGAGAGCUAAGGACCUGUUAUCUGAGUCUGUUGAUGGUUUCUCAUGUGCUGAUGGAUCUCCUAAAACAAAGCCGGUUGUUGAUAUCCAAACGGACACUAGUUCUAUAGGAAUACACAAAGGAUUCUCAACAGCAGGUGGAAAGAAGGUGGCUGUCUCUGCUGUUGGGCUGCAGAAAGCAAAGAAUCUCUUCAGAGAUUGUGAAGAGGAAAGUUUAUCAUCUGAAGAUCCUCAACACCAAAACUUUAAAGGUUUCAGUGAUGUCUCAGAAAAGCCACUGACGGCAUUUGCAGGUUGCAGUCAUAAGCAUGAGACUGGGGAUUCUUCAGGAAGAAGUAUAGGAUUCAGUACAGCCGGUGGGAAGAAGGUUGCCUUCUCUGCUGCUGCCCUGCAAAGGGCAAAAAAUCUUUUUAAAGAUUGUGAGGAGGAGAGUUUAGCUUCUGGGAGUCUUCAGCACCAAGGCUGUCACGGUUUCACCACUGCCAGUGGCAAAGAUGUUACUGUCUCUGAAAAGGCACUGAGUGAGGUUAGAGCGGCUUUUGCAGGAUGUGAUGACACCUUCUUCCGUCAUGGACCUGAAAAUUCUUUAGGAAACAACACUGGUUUCUCUACAGCAGGUGGGAAGAAGGUGGCCGUCUCUGCUACCGCACUUGAGAGGGCCACGAGUAUCCUUAAGGAUUGUGAAGAGGAAAAUGUGUCAUCUGAGGACGUUCCACCUCAAACUAAUAGUUCUCAUAAAAGCAGUGAGGACGUAGUGGAUGGAAACCUACUGUUUGAACAUCUAAACAAGAAUAAUUAUGGUUUCAGCACCGCAAGUGGGAAAGGUGUGUCUGUAUCAAAAGUUGCCCUUGAGGAAGCUUCUAAAUUAUUCAGAGAUUGUGAUGCCCAAAUUACUGCUACUGAUAGCCAGCUUCUACAGGGUGAUUCCUCAAAAUGCCAUCCUAAAGACAGACAAACCAAAACCACUGUACAUCCUUUGCCAUCUAAAGCAACUCAGAAUGAACCUGCACAGCUAGACUUGCACUCUUUGGAUUUUAACAGUUGCACGGACACCCAGCAGAAGUACUUUGAGCAGGAAGCAAUGGCUUGCACUAAGGCUUUACUGGCAGAUGAUGACCUAAAUGAAUCAGCCAGUUUGGCAAUGACAGAGGACAAAAAAAGUCCAUCUGUUCAUGAUCUUCAGGCUCAGGGAUCUUUUGGCCAUAACAGAAGGAAGCGUCCGUUUGAUGCCAGAAAUGCAGCAGAUUCAGGUCAGCCUCCUUUGAAAAGACAACUUCUCUCAGAGUUUGACCGGACGUUAGAUGCAAGGACCUCAGGCCUCACACCACUGAAAAGCUGUCCAAAUGGAACUCUAAGAGACAGGCGUGUCUUCAGUUACAAUGUCCACCUCAAGCCAAAUGUCACUGGUCCAGAUUGGUAUCCUGUGAACCAAAAGUCAAAUGACCUCAAGCAACAGUGUUCAACUGUGUCUGUCCAAAACAGAUGCAACUCAGACCCUAAAGGAGGUGUGUUUGUGCCCCCUUUCCAAAAGGGUAUAAAGACUAGGACAUCAAACUGUCAAGAUGUCUCUAAAGUGUCCACUGGUUUUGUCCCACCUUUCAAGAAGGACAACAAAGAAACAACUGAACAUAGCAAUCAAAUAGACCAAAAUAUGACAAUUUCUACAUCACAUAGUGACAGUGUUGCACAAUAUUGUGAUGAGAAGAAGCUACUUGAGGGUUCUAACCCUAAACCAACCACUUCAGUGGAAAGCGUGCCUUUGAAAAUCAUGGACUCUGAAGAGAAAGACACAGAGCCUUGCCAGGAGACCUUGAGCCUAGCCAGGGAUAUGCAAGACAUGAGACUCCGAAAGAAGAAAAGGCAGACUAUUCGUCCUCUCCCUGGCAGGCUUUACCUUGCCAAAACUUCUGGUAAUCCCAGAAUAGGUCUGAGAGAUGCUGUGGGAUGCAAAUGUCCUGGUCAAUACACACAGGAGGAGCUGCAUCAGCAUGGAGUACCUCACAAGAUCUUACAAAUAACAAGUGAAAAUGCUGAAUCAUUCAGAUUUGACUGUAAUGACUUCUUCAAACGUGAACUCCUCAAUGAGUCUGGUGCUGUCCAGCUGGCAGAUGGAGGCUGGUUGGUUUCAGACAAUAAGGGUACUGUGGGCAAAGACGAAUUUUAUAGAGCAUUGUGUGACACGCCUGGUGUUGAUCCCAAACUGAUCAGUGAUGCCUGGGUGUUCAACCAUUACCGAUGGAUUGUAUGGAAACGGGCCUCCAUGGAAAGAACAUUUCCAGAUUUGAUGGGUGGCCUAUGUUUGACUCCAGAGCAAGUACUUUUGCAGCUAAAAUUCAGAUAUGAUGUGGAAGUGGACCACAGCCAGAGAUCCGCUCUCAGGAGGAUCAUGGAGAGGGAUGACACUCCAGCUAAGACAUUAGUGCUCUGUGUAUGUGGUGUUGCUCAAACUCCUCAAAAUCCAGAAAAGCCAAUGAAAGAUGACAAAACUCCUAAUGCAAAGAUGGAGUCCUGUGUGGUCUGGCUCACAGAUGGCUGGUACUCCAUCAAAGGCUUGUUAGACCCUCCACUCUCUGCCAUGCUGAACAAGGGCCGUCUCAGAAUCGGUGAUAAGAUUGUGACCAGUGGAGCCGAGUUGGUUGGUUCCCAAGAAGCCUGUCCUCCACUGGAAGCUCCUGAAUCUCUGAUGCUAAAGAUUUCAGCCAACAGCACAAGACGAGCUCGAUGGGACACUAAGUUGGGGUACUACCGUGACCCUCGGCCCAUCAGCCUCACACUAUCAUCACUGUUCACUGCUGGAGGUGUUGUGAGCUGUGUGAACAUUGUGGUGUUGAGAAGUUACCCCACUCAGUGGAUGGAGAAGAAGCCCAAUGGUGUCUUUAUAUUUCGCAACGAUCGUGCUGAAGAUCGAGAGGCCAGAAAACACAGCAACUCCAAGCACAAAUCCAUGGAUCUUCUUAUUUCCAAAAUACAGACUCAAUUUGAAAAAGAAAUGGAAGGUAAAAAGAAAAGUCGAGGACAAAGGAGGACAUUUGGUCGACAUGAGAUUGAAGCUCUGCAGGAUGGGGAAGAUUUGUAUGAGGCAAUGGAGAGGGAUCCUGCUGUUGAGACCCAUCUAAGUGCAAGGCAGAUGGAUGCAGUGAGUAAGUACAGACGCUCUUUGGAGGAAAGGAGGCAGGCAGAGCUACAGGAGCGUGUGCAGAAGGCUGUGAUGGAAGCCCAGGAGGCCGAGGGUGGGUGUCCCAAUCGAGAUGUCACUCCUGUUUGGAAGCUCAGCAUUACUGAUGCCAAUGACCUGCAGAGCAACUGUGUGUACACCCUGAAUAUCUGGCGCCCGUCACAGGACUUGUAUGGCUUGUUAAGAGAGGGCCACAGAUAUAGGGCGUAUCACCUUGCCACAUCAGAGGGGAAGAAACGCUCAGGCAUUGCUCACAUCCAGCUCACUGCCACCAAAAAAACACUCUUCAAGGAUAUUGAGGUGUCUCCAGAAUGGUUGCAUCAGCAUUUCCAUGCUCGAGAAUGCGUACGAUUCAAAGAUCUUCAAAACCCUCAAUUCAGCUCACCUUGUGGGGAGGUGGACAUUGUGGGAUGUAUUGUCUCCAUAGAAGGCAAACAAGGCCAUUGCCCAUUACUGCAUCUUGUGGAUGAGAACUUUGACCUGGUCUCUGUGAGAACCUACUGUAGUCUAGAGCAGUUAUCUGUAGAAGAGCUAGUAAAGCCACGAGCACUGGUCGCUCUUGGUAAUCUUCAGGUGAAACCGCUCUCUGGACCUGUGCCAAGCCUUUAUGCAGGAGAACAAGCAGUAUUCUCUGUAAACCCCAAAGAAUCCCAUCUGCAAGAAGCUAUGACCCGUCUGAAGACUUUUGUCCAGACUUGUGAGCGGUUUUUCAGCAUUGCGGAGGAGAAGCUCUCAGAUGUGGUUCCUUCAGGUGUCUUGGGUUCUUUUCAGUCUCCAAGAACUCCUGGUGUGCAGUCUAAUCCAAAAAUUAACGGCUGGGUAACCCCACAGCAGAAAACCAGCAUGUUUUCGCCUUUCACUCCACUAAAUAGGAGAGCUCCUGCACCUGCAUGUAACAGCGAGGGAAAAGACCCCAAAAGUUUGAAAAGAAGACGCGGUUUGGACUACCUGUCACGUAUCCCAUCUCCUCCACCCAUCAAUCCUCUGAAAACCACUGCUUCUCCCUGCGUUAACAGGACCUUUAAUCCCCCAAGGAGAUCUGUGACUCCCAAACCUCCGCAGAAUGAAUCACCUCGAGCCUCACGUCCCCCACCAGGAGAGGAGAAGUGGGUGAACGAUGAAGAGCUGGCGAUGAUAGACACCCAGGCGUUACUGGAAGGCUGAAGGGGAAACUUACGACUCUCAUGGUGAAACACUAAAUGUGAGUUGAAACUCAAGAAUGAAUUCCAUCAUUCAAGGCUUUGACAACUAUGGGUAAUGAAAGCACCGUUUCUACUGUUGAGAGAGAAAGCAAAUGGCUCGGUUGUGUCUUUGCUUUCUAGUUGCCUGGUUUACUGUGGUUCUCGGAUGGUAAAUGCACCUUUUUACAACUACUGUAAUCAUUUUUAAACCUUUUUUCUUGUUGUAUGUAAUUGUACUACAAUAGUACGAAAGCUAGCAAUGUUCAGGGGGGUAAAAAAGUGAAGUAUAUGUAAAAAGUAUAUGUAAAAUAUGUUUAUAUAUUUUAAUUUUUAUUAAAAGAUGGAAAGUAAUUUUGUGCGAAGGUGACAUUAGCUGCAUUGCUAAGACAAGCAUUGCUUACUAAUAUUGCUAUACUUGAAAUAUUAAACUUUUGCACUUAACAUGCACUGUUUGUGCUACAGACAUUAGUAGAUCAAAUUGUGCAGUUUACUGAGAAGAGGUGUUAUUUUUACGUUUACACUCGACAUUUGCUUUCUUUUUCAAGAAAUAUAAAAAUUUAAAAACUGAAAUCACAAUCUGUUAUUUCAAAAUGCUUUUUUUAUUAAUGAACAGCAGGUGGCGCUUUAACACUUGCAUUUGGCUUGCAGCAAACUGUUCAACUCUGUAGGAAGAUUGUGAAAUCCUGUCUGCAAUUUUCAUAUUAAAUCUAAAGAAAUGAGAAUGGAACAAGUAAUGUGAAUAUAUUGCUUAAUAACCACCAAAUAUUGGCAGCGAGGAAGAAAUGGGCAUGACAAACACAAGUCUGGCAUACUUUUCUUCAUCUCGCUGGCAAACUCACCGUCAGAGCUUAUUUAACAGACCGCAAAUGCAGACAAAGGGAUUUCUUCUCUUCCAAACAGAACAUUGUCAUAUUUAAUAAUCUGCGUUCCUAAUAUUACAAUUCCAAUCAUUCACUCUAGAGAAAAUAUAGAAUGUGGUCGUUUGCUCUUCAGAUCAGUUUUAAGGAUUUUUGAAAUUUAGAAGCAACCCCAUAAUCUGUUUGCUCGUCAAGGAAUGCUUCAGAAAACCACAGACAUGCCAGAUUUGCAGUUAGCUGCCAUCAGUGGCUUUCCUCCACAGUGUUCAGUUUUACAUCUAUCAUCUCGUCAUUGAGAAUGCGCUGACUCAGCACAUAUCCAGCUCUAUUUUAAGAUCUCUGGCCCACAAUGAUAAAGAUAGCUGACACUCCUGUUGUGUAGCAAAAGAGGCACUGAAGAUGAUAUCUGUUAGUGGUUGACAGAGAAUAGCAUUAUUGUGGCCAAAAAUGUUUCCAUGAGUCCAGUCUGAAAAUACUUGUGGUAGAAUAAAUUGUAAAGACUACAGCUUUUUUAGUUUUUCUUGAACUAGUAUUAAGUACUAAACUGGA